ACCAACAUUUGAAGUUUUAUUUAACAUUAGUGAAAUUUAAUGAAUAGCAAAGCAAUGUUUGAUUUUCUCACAAGGAGGGUGCUGCAAACCAAGGCCAAAACUUCCAGGCUGUGAUGUCAUAGGCUACAUGGAAUAACAAUUUGAAGAAGACUCGAAAUCCAGGGAUACAUAUCCAAGUGCAUAGCAAAUCAUGUAGGCGGUACCCUUCCCCUAAAUUAUCAUUUAAUCCAUACUCUAGCAAAAUGCCAAGAAGUUACCAUCGGGAGGAGUGGGUGUUCUUUCUGGUAGAAAGAAAGAAAAUUCCAUCCCGUCUUUGUUAUAAAAAUUUUCUUUGUAUGUACAGGUACGGGUUUGUAGAUCAAUAAUCUUCUUGAUUUCACCAUGAAAUUAUAUUCUCUUUGCUUGAGUUCCUCUGAGUUAUGCACAAGGCUUCCUGUUAUGAAUCCAUUGGGUAUUUUUCUUUCCUGCUAUGGUUUCAAUGUAUGCUGAAGGCAACUGAAAUUAUGAGUCUUUAGCCUUUAAUUCUCUCAAGAUGGUGAGGUCAGAGAGAGAGAAAUUAGAUGGUGAUAGAAAACUUAAGCCUGACUUUACAAGAAAUAAUCUUUUCCUCCUUCUUGUCUUUCUUCCUUUUUGUGUAGUAAGUUGGGUGUAUGAUACAGGGAAAUAAGUAAGGCAGGCCUAUAAACUCAACUGCUGAUAGUCCAUAUGAAGACUUUUGACUAGAAAAUUUCCAUUAUAGUAUCAAAAAGAUAAAUUUUAAUAGAUGGUAAAACUGCUUUCCACAUUAAUAUAGCCAUUUAUACCAAGAUCUUCCUUCCUCUAACUGGUAGUAGUUGUAUAGACUCAAGCAAGGGCUUUCAGGCCAGAAAAAUUAAAGCAAGUAACUUUAGAGUUUUAACUCAAUCCAAAUAAUAUGUAUUGAGUACCUACAAUGUUCAGAGUAUUGUGCCAUUAAGGAGCUUAAUAGUUGGUGGACAGAUAACUCACCCUGAAGCACUCCAUGGUUCUAGUCUUUACACCAAACUAUCCAUAGUUACUGUAUUUUAACUGUGGCUAGAAGUAAAGUUUCUCCUUCUACUUUCCUAACCCUUCCUUCUGCAGUGAAUCUCCAAUUUUUGCCAACCAUUUUACUGUAACCAGGGGUAAAGUAAGGCAGGUUGCAUAAUCCUGAGGAACUGUAAAAAAGAGUUGGCAAUUUUUUGGGAAAUAUUUGGAUAAUUGUCUUACAUCCCCUUUUGUUUCAUCAGUAGAAGAGUGUUAGCAGUAAACUGACAAAUCCAUGACAGACACAAACCUUAGCCCUGGAUCAUUUAGACUGAAUAUUUGUGACUACAUCAUGUUUAGAUAAUUUUUACUAUCACCUGCUCCUUCUUAAUGGAGAACAUUUAUUUACUUAAUAAAUACUUUACCGGCACCUAUAUGUCAGAUAUAUUAACAUACUCAAGGUUAGACUAUUUGCCUAAAUCUGAGGAGGCAAAAUGCUAUAAAAAGCUUUUUGUCUAAUGUUCCCUCCCUCUCUAUUGAUGUGUUAAAGGUCAAGUGAAAGUUCUCUUUCUUCUACAGGUACACCCUACUUCCCCUUAUUGCAGACAUUCAUUUAAUGACCUGAAAUAUAAACCUGAAGUGUUUAAAUAGUUUUUGGAUUUAGGGAAUGGCGAGCCAAUGAUGCUGCUUGCCUCAACCCUGGUAAUGCAAGAAUCACCAAUUCAGAUCAUGAGAAAAAUGUCUGUCUCAUCUUUGGAGUAUUUAAGCCCACUUACAGAAAACAAAUCUUUAAAAAACAUCUGCAACCACAUGAGAUUUGGUGCGGCUGAAUUCAUUUUAGUAUUUUAAAAAGAUGUAACACUUUUCUAAAGAAGAUACUCCUGUGCUUCUCUUUCCUCAUGUUGCCUCCCUCCUCCCAAAUUUCCAUGUGAUAAAGUUCAGUUUACUUUUCAAGCCCAUCUCAAAUAACCUGUUCUCUAGGAAACUAUUUCAUCUCUCAAACCAAUACAAUUUUUUCUUCUGAUUCCUCCAUGGUACUUCCUAACUUUUGACCCGACUUUCUGCUUCACUUUCAUUUUAGGGAACUGCGAGUAUAUGAAAAUUUUUUUUUAAGGCCUUAUGACUUGAAAGAGUACCAUAAGGGUGAAAAACCACUUUCUUCUAUAUUUGUUUGUUUUCACUAAUGCAUCAGGAAGAAAGCUUUACUGCUAAUAGUGGGGGUGGAGGAGAAGGAUACAUUAUAAGGAUCUGUGCUGGUUACAAUCCUAAUAUAAUUUAUCUUUUCAGUUAAUCUGAGAAUGAGGCGAACCUGACUUUCACAUUGGAAAAUCACGAGAGGAAAAAAACUCUCAGAGAUCUACAGGCAAUGUUAACCCCGCCUCCACGCUGUUCGGAGCAGCUGUCUCAGGAAUCCUCCCUUCCUUAGAAUGUGGGAGAGGUUUGGUGGCACGGCAGCUGCAAAGCAAGGAAUCUUUCCCUUUCCUCGUCGAUACGUUCUCCCCCACCUCCUUCCGAAUGGUGGCAGCUGCCGGGGCAUCCCAGUGGGAAUCUCUUUCCAAGUCUUCGCCGAGCGCGCUGGGCGGGCAGCAGCUGAAAGCAGUCAGGCGUGGGGACUCUCUGCUCCCCUGAGACAAGGACAGCAGCCUCCCUGGCUCCAGCGCUGCCACCUCUCUGCCUCGUAGCGGUCCCUCAGGUGUCCUUCUCCAAGUCCAAGAAGACACCCUGGCAACGUGUGGCGGGUUCCCUCCGCGCCAAGAGACCCUACGGGUUUGGCGUUGUUGUCAGCCUCGGGGAGAGAGAUUGGACAGAUAUUCUCCAAGAGGAGGAGGGCGACGCCAAGGACUUUCUACAUCAACUGUUUUUGGGGUUUCUCCACAACUUGCAAGAGUGACCCUUUGCAUUUUGUGUUGCGUGUGUGUGCUUUUUACUAGUGCAGCGAUCGCUGUCCCAGAGUGACUCCGAGUUGUCCUUCCUCGUGAACUAGUAAUGGCUAGUGAAGACAAGAAUGUCCCUUCCCCGCCACCAACAGGUGAUGACGGGGGAGGUGGAGGGAAAGGAGAAGAAACCUCUGCCGAAGAGGGUGCAUUGUCCCUGAAACCAGGACUCCCCAUCAGGGGCAUCAGAAUGAAAUUUGCCGUAUUGACGGGGUUGGUUGAAGUUGGAGAAGUAUCCAAUAGGGAUAUUGUAGAAACUGUCUUUAACCUGUUGGUAGGAGGGCAGUUUGAUUUGGAAAUGAAUUUCAUCAUCCAAGAAGGUGAAAGUAUCAUCUGCAUGGUGGACCUACUAGAAAAAUGUGAUGUUACUUGCCAAGCAGAAGUCUGGAGCAUGUUUACAGCCAUUCUGAAGAAAAGCAUACGAAAUCUUCAAGUCUGCACUGAAGUAGGCCUUGUUGAAAAAGUGCUUGAGAAGAUUGAAAAAGUUGACAAUAUGAUAGCAGAUCUUUUAGUUGACAUGUUGGGAGUGCUGGCUAGCUAUAAUUUGACAGUUCGAGAACUAAAGCUAUUCUUCAGUAAACUUCACGGAGAUAAAGGACAAUGGCCUCCACAUGCUGGGAAGUUGCUAUCUGUGCUAAAGCAUGUGCCGCAGAAGUAUGGUCCUGAUGCCUUUUUCAACUUUCCAGGAAAGAGUGCUGCAGCUAUUGCAUUACCUCCUAUAGCCAAAUGGCCAUACCAGAAUGGUUUUACGUUUCAUACCUGGCUUAGAAUGGAUCCUGUAAAUAACAUCAAUGUGGAUAAGGAUAAACCAUAUUUAUAUUGUUUCAGAACCAGCAAAGGUCUUGGUUAUUCUGCUCACUUUGUUGGGGGCUGUUUGAUUAUAACAUCAAUAAAGUCAAAAGGAAAAGGCUUUCAACAUUGUGUGAAAUUUGAUUUCAAGCCACAAAAGUGGUAUAUGGUAACUAUAGUGCACAUUUAUAACCGAUGGAAGAACAGUGAGCUACGAUGUUAUGUGAAUGGUGAGCUAGCUUCCUAUGGAGAGAUAACAUGGUUUGUCAACACCAGUGAUACCUUUGAUAAAUGUUUCCUGGGCUCAUCAGAAACAGCAGAUGCUAAUAGAGUAUUCUGUGGUCAGAUGACUGCAGUUUACCUAUUUAGUGAAGCACUUAAUGCAGCUCAGAUUUUUGCUAUUUAUCAGUUGGGCCUGGGAUACAAGGGUACAUUUAAAUUCAAAGCAGAAAGUGACCUGUUCCUUGCUGAGCAUCACAAACUUUUAUUGUACGAUGGCAAGCUCUCUAGUGCCAUUGCGUUCACAUACAAUCCACGUGCUACAGAUGCCCAGCUCUGUCUUGAAUCAUCCCCUAAGGACAACCCUUCGAUUUUUGUUCAUUCACCGCAUGCACUCAUGCUCCAGGAUGUGAAAGCAGUUUUAACACAUUCCAUACAAAGUGCUAUGCAUUCCAUUGGAGGAGUACAAGUGCUGUUUCCACUUUUUGCACAGUUGGAUUAUAGGCAAUAUUUAUCUGAUGAGGUUGACUUGAGUAUAUGUUCAACUUUGCUGGCUUUUAUCAUGGAGUUGUUGAAGAACUCAAUUGCUAUGCAGGAGCAGAUGCUUGCCUGCAAGGGCUUUUUGGUAAUAGGAUAUAGUCUUGAAAAGUCUUCCAAAUCCCAUGUCAGCAGAGCAGUACUUGAACUUUGUCUUGCAUUUUCAAAAUAUCUGAGUAAUCUGCAGAAUGGGAUGCCCCUACUCAAGCAAUUGUGUGAUCACAUUCUUCUUAACCCAGCUAUAUGGAUUCAUACCCCAGCCAAGGUUCAGAUGACACUCUAUACUUACCUGUCCACGGAGUUCAUUGGUACAGUCAACAUAUAUAAUACCAUUCGGAGAGUUGGAACAGUGCUUCUCAUCAUGCAUACACUGAAGUACUACUACUGGGCAGUGAAUCCUCAGGAUCGAAGUGGUAUUACCCCAAAAGGAUUAGAUGGACCACGACCUAAUCAAAAAGAAAUACUUUCUCUACGAGCAUUCUUGUUAAUGUUCAUUAAGCAAUUAGUGAUGAAGGAUUCUGGAGUAAAGGAAGAUGAACUACAGGCCAUUCUUAAUUACCUACUCACUAUGCAUGAGGAUGACAAUCUAAUGGAUGUCCUACAGCUGCUUGUUGCAUUAAUGUCAGAACAUCCUAACUCUAUGAUACCUGCUUUUGACCAAAGGAAUGGGAUACGUGUUGUGUAUAAACUUAUGGCAUCAACAAGCGAAGGAAUAAGAGUACAAGCUCUCAAAGCAAUGGGCUAUUUUUUAAAACACCUGGCCCCAAAAAGAAAAGCUGAAGUCAUGCUUGGACAUGGAUUGUUUUCAUUGCUAGCUGAAAGACUCAUGCUUCAGACAAAUUUAAUCACAAUGACCACGUAUAAUGUCCUGUUUGAGAUUCUUAUAGAACAGAUUUGUACUCAAGUUAUACAUAAACAGCAUCCAGAUCCUGAUUCUUCAGUAAAGAUACAGAAUCCUCAGAUACUAAAAGUAAUUGCGACCCUACUUCGAAAUUCUCCCCAGUGCCCAGAGAGCAUGGAAGUUCGCAGAGCCUUUCUUUCUGACAUGAUUAAACUUUUUAACAACAGUAGAGAAAACAGAAGGAGCUUGCUACAAUGUUCUGUGUGGCAAGAGUGGAUGCUUUCUCUCUGCUAUUUUAAUCCUAAGAAUUCAGAUGAACAAAAGAUAACAGAAAUGGUAUAUGCCAUAUUCAGAAUCCUACUUUACCAUGCAGUCAAAUAUGAGUGGGGUGGCUGGCGCGUGUGGGUAGACACCUUAUCGAUCACACAUUCAAAGGUCACUUUUGAAAUACACAAAGAAAACCUUGCCAAUAUAUUUAGGGAACACCAGGGAAAAGUUGAUGAAGAAGUAGGGCAAUGUUCUUCAAGUCCAAUUCAGUCAAUCUCUGGCAUUAGCAGAGAUGUUAGUGUUUCAGUAGCAUCCCAGCAAUCAGAUACGAAGGACUCUUCUAUGUCUCCUCAUAUCACCACAAAUAGGGAUGAAAAGUCAGGUAUUGAGAAGACAAGUUCAGUAGAAUCUGCAUCCAACAUUGAACUGGAAACUCAUAAUACAUCUAAUGAAGAAGAGAAAACUGCGCAAGAAAAUCAGGAGUUACUGGAUGAAGUCCCUUUAGAAGAAACAUUGAUAAAUGACACAAUUAAUGCAGGAGAUGUAGAAGUAUCUUCUGACAUUAUUGAAGCUGUGACCGUUUCCUCUAAUUCUUUUAAAACAACUAGCAAAGAUAUAAUGACUGUCAGUGAAAUAACUGCUUCCAUAAGCUCUCCUUCAGAAGAGGAUGCUUCGGAGGUGCCAGAAUUCUUGGAUAAGUCUGUAGUAGAGGAAGAAGAUGAUGAUGAUUAUGUGGAACUGAAGGUGGAUAGUAGUCCUACUGAGGAAGCCAGUCUAUCCACAGAGCUCCAAGAUAAUAGUUUGUCUCCACCUGCAUCUGAAGCCAGUGGAAGACUGGACAUGUUUAGUAAUGACUGCAAAUUAAUAUUUCAAGAGGAAGAACCUGUAAGUAAGAAGCAAACUGAUACUGAAACUCAAGAUUCUGAAGAUUCUGUGAUCUUGACUAUGACAGCAUCAGGGUCUUCAGCUACCUCGUCAGAUGCUACUGCUUCUCACACAACUGUACAAUCAGACAUUGGUCAGGUGCUAGAGGAAGGGAAGGAAACAACUAACUUUGCUAGAGAAACCAAAUUAACUAGUGAGUCUCAUGCGAAUAUCUUCGAGUCUCCUACUACUUCUGAGCAGAGGAUUGCUAAAUUGGAUGUUUCCAGUGUUGCUACAGAUACUGAGAAACUGGAAUUGAAGGCCAGUUCAAACACAGAAGCAUCUCGACCUCAUCAACCUGUGCUUGAGAUGUCAAGGCAACAGGAGCAGCCAGGGCAAGGAAUACCACCAGAUGCAGUUAAUGGACAAAGGAGGGACUCUAGAUCUACUAUCUUUCGUAUUCCUGAGUUCAGAUGGUCUCAAAUGCAUCAGCGUUUGCUCACUGAUCUAUUAUUUUCAAUAGAAACAGAUAUACAGAUGUGGAGAAGCCAUUCAACAAAGACAGUUAUGGACUUCGUGAAUAGCAGUGAUAAUGUCAUCUUUGUACACAACACAAUUCAUCUCAUCUCUCAAGUGAUGGACAAUAUGGUCAUGGCUUGUGGGGGUAUACUGCCAUUGCUUUCAGCAGCUACAUCGGCUACACAUGAGCUGGAGAAUAUUGAACCUACUCAAGGCCUUUCAGUAGAAGCCUCUGUGACAUUCUUGCAGAGGUUAAUCAGCCUUGUGGAUGUGCUUAUAUUUGCAAGUUCUCUUGGCUUUACUGAAAUUGAAGCUGAAAAAAAUAUGUCUUCUGGAGGAAUUUUGCGGCAGUGUCUCCGACUGGUGUGUGCCGUGGCAGUAAGGAAUUGCUUAGAGUGUCAACAGCAUUUACAACUGAAAACUAAAGGAGAUACAGCAAAAGGCCAGAAAACAAUGCACGGCCUGAUUCCCAUGGGGAAAUCUGCAGCAAAGAGUCCAGUGGACAUUGUAACUGGUGGUAUAUCUCCAGUAAGAGAUUUCGACAGGCUCCUACAAGACAUGGAUAUUAAUCGGCUUAGGGCAGUUGUCUUCAGAGACAUAGAGGAUAGCAAACAAGCUCAGUUUUUAGCCCUGGCAGUUGUAUACUUUAUCUCUGUUCUUAUGGUCUCAAAGUACAGAGAUAUUUUGGAACCCCAGAAUGAAAGGCGUAGCCAGUCAUUGAAGGAAACUGGUAAUGAAAGUGGGAAUUUAUCACUCCCUGAUGUAGAAAAUGCACCUCCAGCAUCAGUGGAAGAAUCUGAAAGCACAUCAUCUACUCGAAGGAGGGACUCAGGCAUUGGGGAAGAAACAGCGACUGGUUUAGGAAGCAAUGUAGAUGUUGCUCCUCCUGGAGCACCUCCAAGUGUCAGUGCAGGCCCAGAUGCCAUCAGUGAGGUGCUGUGCACUCUUUCUUUAGAAGUCAAUAAAUCUCAGGAAACCAAAAAUGAUAGAGGAAAUGAGUUGGACAACAAGGCUGCACCAUCAGUUCCAGUUUCAAAAAAUGUCAACGUGAAGGACAUUCUCCGAAGCUUGGUUAACAUACCUGCAGAUGGUGUCACAGUAGAUCCUGCCCUUCUGCCACCAGCCUGCCUUGGAGCUCUUGGUGAUCUAUCUGUUGAGCAAUCUGUGCAGUUCAGAUCUUUUGACAGAAGUGUCAUCAUUGCAACAAAAAAAUCAGCAGUGUUACCUUCCACGCUUACUACAAGUAUACCUACCAAUGUUGUCAGCGUGGUUUCUUCAGUAGAUUCAGCCCAAGCCUCAGAUGUGGGAGGAGAAUCACCUGGUGAUAGAUCAUCUAAUGCAAAAUUGCCGUCGGUUCCAGCAGUUGGCUCAGUUCCACAAGACCAAGUUUCAAAUAUGAGUAUUACAGAGAGGCUUGAACAUGCUUUGGAAAAAGCAGCUCCUCUUCUGCGAGAAAUUUUUGUGGAUUUUGCACCUUUUCUUUCUCGGACACUUUUGGGUAGCCAUGGACAAGAACUGCUUAUAGAAGGAACAAGUCUGGUUUGCAUGAAGGCUAGUAGCUCAGUUGUGGAGUUGGUUAUGCUGCUGUGUUCUCAGGAGUGGCAGAAUUCUAUUCAGAAGAAUGCAGGCCUUGCUUUUAUUGAACUUGUCAAUGAAGGAAGGUUACUUAGCCAAACAAUGAAGGAUCAUCUAGUAAGAGUAGCAAAUGAAGCUGAAUUUAUCCUCAGCAGACAGAGAGCAGAGGAUAUUCACAGACAUGCGGAAUUUGAGUCGCUGUGUGCCCAGUACUCUGCAGACAAACGAGAAGAUGAGAAGAUGUGUGAUCAUUUGAUAAGAGCAGCUAAAUAUCGAGACCAUGUGACAGCAACUCAACUAGUCCAGAAAAUUAUCAACAUUCUCACAGACAAGCAUGGAGCCUGGGGAAAUUCUGCAGUGAGUCGUCCUCGUGAGUUCUGGCGCCUUGACUACUGGGAAGAUGACUUGCGGCGCCGGCGACGAUUUGUGCGUAACCCUCUAGGAUCGACACAUCCUGAAGCGACACUAAAAACAGCCGUGGAACAUGCUGCAGAUGAAGAUAUCCUUGCUAAAGGAAAACAGUCCAUCAAGAGUCAGGCUUUAGGAAAUCAGAACUCAGAAAACGAGAUCCUCUUGGAAGGUGACGACGAUACUCUGUCAUCCGUGGAUGAGAAAGAUUUAGAGAAUCUUACCGGUCCUGUUAGCCUGAGCACACCAGCUCAGCUAGUGGCCCCCUCUGUUGUAGUAAAGGGCACUCUUUCUGUCACCUCCUCCGAACUCUAUUUUGAGGUGGAUGAAGAAGAUCCUAACUUCAAGAAGAUCGACCCCAAGAUUCUGGCCUAUACAGAAGGGCUGCAUGGAAAAUGGCUGUUCACAGAGAUAAGAUCAAUCUUUUCUCGUCGUUAUCUUUUGCAAAGUACAGCCCUGGAGAUCUUUAUGGCAAACAGAGUUGCUGUAAUGUUCAACUUCCCAGACCCUGCAACAGUAAAGAAAGUUGUUAACUAUCUACCUCGUGUUGGUAUUGGAACCAGUUUUGGAUUGCCUCAAACCAGGCGUAUCUCAUUAGCUAGUCCACGUCAACUUUUUAAAGCUUCUAAUAUGACACAAAGAUGGCAACACAGAGAGAUUUCAAAUUUUGAGUACUUAAUGUUUCUCAACACAAUAGCAGGACGAAGUUACAAUGAUUUAAAUCAGUAUCCAGUGUUUCCCUGGGUCAUCACUAAUUUUGAAUCAGAAGAACUGGAUCUUACCUUGCCAAGUAACUUCAGAGAUUUGUCCAAGCCAGUAGGAGCUCUGAAUCCAAAAAGAGCAGCAUUCUUUGCAGAGCGUUAUGAAUCAUGGGAAGAUGAUCAAGUUCCAAAGUUCCACUAUGGUACUCAUUAUUCAACUGCAAGUUUUGUUCUUGCAUGGCUGCUAAGAAUAGAGCCCUUCACAACUUAUUUCCUAAAUUUGCAAGGAGGGAAAUUUGAUCAUGCAGAUCGAACUUUUUCAUCAAUUUCCAGAGCUUGGCGAAACAGUCAGCGUGAUACGUCUGAUAUUAAGGAGUUGAUCCCUGAAUUUUAUUAUCUCCCUGAGAUGUUUGUCAACUUCAAUAAUUAUAAUCUUGGAGUGAUGGACGAUGGGACAGUAGUGUCUGAUGUUGAACUUCCUCCUUGGGCCAAAACCUCAGAAGAAUUUGUUCGCAUAAACAGAUUGGCCCUGGAGAGUGAAUUUGUUUCCUGCCAGCUUCAUCAAUGGAUUGAUCUCAUUUUUGGCUAUAAACAGCAAGGACCAGAAGCUGUUCGAUCCCUAAAUGUAUUCUACUACCUGACCUAUGAAGGAGCUGUCAAUCUGAAUUCAAUAACUGAUCCUGUAUUGAGAGAGGCUGUGGAAGCUCAAAUCCGAAGUUUUGGACAGACGCCUUCUCAACUACUCAUAGAGCCCCAUCCUCCCAGAGGUUCUGCCAUGCAAGUGUAUCUCCUCCUGCAGAGUCCGUUGAUGUUCACAGACCAAGCCCAGCAGGAUGUUAUCAUGGUCCUAAAGUUCCCCUCCAACUCCCCUGUCACUCACGUGGCAGCCAACACCCAGCCUGGUUUGGCGACUCCUGCUGUGAUCACAGUCACUGCUAACAGGCUAUUUGCUGUGAACAAGUGGCACAACUUUCCUGCUCAUCAAGGUGCUGCACAAGACCAGCCAUACCAGCUGCCAGUGGAAAUCGAUCCUCUCAUAGCCAGCAAUACAGGAAUGCACAGGAGGCAAAUUACUGACCUUUUAGACCAAAGCAUUCAAGUCCAUUCCCAGUGCUUUGUCAUCACUUCAGACAACCGCUAUAUUCUCGUCUGCGGCUUCUGGGAUAAGAGUUUCCGAGUGUAUUCUACAGACACAGGAAAAUUGAUCCAAGUGGUGUUUGGCCAUUGGGAUGUCGUCACUUGCCUCACUCGGUCUGAGUCAUAUAUUGGGGGAAAUUGCUACAUUCUCUCAGGGUCACGUGAUGCAACCCUUCUGCUCUGGUACUGGAAUGGAAAAAGCAGUGGGAUUGGAGAUAACCCAGGCAGUGAGACCACCACUCCUCGGGCCAUUCUGACAGGCCAUGACUAUGAGAUCACUUGUGCUGCUGUCUGCGCUGAGCUAGGCCUGGUGUUAAGUGGUUCGAAAGAAGGACCAUGUCUCAUACAUUCCAUGAAUGGAGACUUGUUAAGGACUUUGGAGGGUCCUGAAAACUGUCUGAAACCAAAACUCAUUCAGGCUUCAAGAGAGGGUCAUUGUGUCAUAUUCUAUGAAAAUGGCUUUUUCUGUACAUUCAGUGUGAAUGGAAAACUCCAGGCCACUAUGGAAACAGAUGAUAACAUAAGGGCCAUCCAGCUGAGCCGGGAUGGGCAGUACCUGCUCACAGGAGGAGACAACGGCGUGGUCAUGGUCUGGCAGGUGUCUGACCUCAAGCAGCUCUUUGCCUAUCCAGGCUGCGAUGCUGGAAUCCGAGCCAUGGCCCUGUCUUAUGACCAGAGGUGCAUCAUUUCUGGCAUGGCCUCAGGAAGCAUCGUUCUGUUCUACAAUGACUUCAACCGGUGGCAUCAUGAAUACCAAACCCGCUACUGAUGGUGACAGCUGCAUAUCAGCCUUGCCCCCCGCCUAGGCAGGGGGAGUACCCCGGAUCAUCUUUCUCUUAGAAAUAGCUAUCACAUCUGAAUGUAACUUAAAUUUGCUCUAAGAAGCAAAAUAUUUUUUAAAGUUAAUUGCUAUUUUUUUAGACUUUGCUUGACUUUUUUCGGGUGAAUAGCAAAGCAGAAAACUGGCUGCUGGGUUCUGUAGUUUAAAAAAUCUAUAUUUUUAGUCAUAAUGAGAAGUCUAUUUUCACCAAUUAUGGAAACAUACAGUGGAGCAAGUAAACCCACUUAUUCUAGCUAUAUUAUGAGAAAACACUUCCCAUUUAUCUGUAAUUCUGAGAAAUAUAUGAUUUUAAAAAUAGGGAAGUGGGUUAUAAUACUGCAAUAGGGGAAUUUUAUGCUGUACUUUGGGUCCUGUAUUUUUCCAAACAAUUGUGCUUCUUCAGCUCUGAAAUUUCUGGGAUUUAAAUAGUAAAGUUUAAAUUAUGGUAAAUGUAAUUUAAAACAUCUCAAUGAAUUAUUUCUAUCAAUAUUAUUCUUUUGGCAUGUUUUAGGCCUAGAAAAUUAUGGUUUGGGGGAGGCUAUUUUAUUUGAUUGUGUGGUUAACAUAAAGGAUCUACUGUCAUAGCAAGUGUGAAAUAUUUACAAUGUUUUCCUGAUCUGUUGUCUCCAUAGCAUAUCAAAAUGAAAUGAUGGAAAUGCUCUUGGGCUCACAACCUUUGCUUUUCUUUUAAAGUAAAUGCAAGUACCAAAGCUCGCCCCUGAGGUUUGACCGUGCUGUGCACUGAGCCGGAGCGUUGUCGGGGCUCCCCCUCCCCAACCCGGGUUUGAGAACAGAGGCUACCAGGUGCUGUAUUAAGCAACACCCGUUUUACCUUCUAUUUGUUAUUAAACUGUCUUCACCUUCCUUUUGAUUAGCAAUUUGUACUAAGAAACAAUGUUAUUUUGGUGUUGUAUAAUUCUACUUUUCUAGUAGAUUGCUGUGUGAAAUUCUGUGAAAAAUAUUUGAGAAAAGAUCUGUAUUGCAUAAAUAAAUUCUUUCUUUGUAAGUUGUGAACUUUGAGUUGAAACUGACAUUCCAUCUCUAUUUCUCCUACAACAUACCUAUAGGAGUCCCUUCCUUUUUUCUACACAUUCAGCUCUUCUCUACAAGCAAAGAUUUGGAAUGGCACAACUCAGUUUGACAGAAAAAUAAAAUGGCAUUUGUAAUUGAA